AUGAAGGUCAAGGCGAAAGAAAAGGAUGAGAAAAACGAUGAUGAUGAAGCUGUCUACAUAAAGCUUAAUGACGUCCCUUUGGACAUGCUUAGGUAUAGUAUAUCUAUGCAAUCAGGAGCGGAGCGGAAAGAAACCCGUAAAACCUUACUCCUCAAAAUGGGUGCUAAGAAGCCGAAAAACGCAUAUAUUAAUUAUAAGGAACUGAUGCAAAAUCGAGCGAAGUCUAAAUUGGAGGCUCAGAAGUAUCCUUGUGAUCGUGCUGCUACUUUCGUUAAUAAGAAACUACCUUUAAAGAAGAAAAAGAAAGAUAGAAAGAAGGAAAAAUCAAAAAAGAAGUCAAAAUCCAAGAAACGUUGA